AUGAGAAAAGUGGAAGUCACGCCGAGAGAUCCGAGGAAGACUCGUGUGGCCCGGGUCGUUGGAGGAUUCGAAACGGCCGCCGGAGCUUUUCCAUGGACAGCUGCUAUCCGAAUGAGUGAAGUUUGUGAAACAUUUACAUUUCUAAACUGAUCACCAAGAAAUCUCUAUUCUGAUAAAUUAACUUUUCCAACUUUCGAAGAAGAAGAGAUUUCUCAAACCACAAAAUAUAUUCAAAGAAAUUGAUGUUUUAUUUUUUAUUUUUUAUAUGAUAUUGUUUUUUGUUUCAGACUCACGCUCAUCAUUGCGGUGCUUCUAUCCUAGAUCCUACGCAUCUGAUUACUGCUGCGCAUUGUCUGGAGUGCGCUCCGAAAUACUAUAAAUAACGCUUUAAACUUUGAAGAGAAGACCAAAGACCAAGUUCGUAUGAAGUGGUCGUUGGCGAGUGGGACAACAAUCGGACAGACGGCCGUGAACAGAUCCUACCAGUGCAACAGAUUCAUUUUUAUCCUCUUUAUAAAGGUCAACUUUCAAAAAAUACUCAAGCAAAGUCGAUACUCCUAUGAAAAUAUUGUGAAUCUUUUCCUCACAAAAAUUAAAGUAAAAUAUUUUGAAGACCUAUUUGCCCACGACAUUGCCAUAGUCGAAGUGCCGAAGCCUGGCUUCAAGUACAACGACUACGUUCAGCCCAUUUGUCUCCCUUCGCCAGAUUUCACUUACAAUCCAGGCCGUCGAUGCGUCGUUUCUGGCUGGGGCAGUACUGGAUUGCGUUAGUAACGUGCAUGUUAUGAUGAUAAACUGAAUUUUCAAUUCAGAAUAUUCCCAAACACUUCAAGCGGCGUUGAUUCCAAUAAUAGACCGGAAUGAGUGUGUCAACUCUUCGCAGCUGUAUCAAUCAAUGAGUCGGUCGGCGUUUUGUGCAGGUUAUUUAGAGGUCAGUAGUUUCUGCAAUGGUAUUGAGUAGAGGACUUCGAAUGGGAGUUCUGAAUUUGUUCAAAGUCUGACUUUUAGGGCGGCGUCGACUCUUGCCAAGGCGACUCCGGAGGGCCGUUCGCCUGCCGACGUCAUGACGGUUCGUUUCAGAAGUUGAAUCGAAUCGACUCAACGGGAAAUUUGAAGGAGCCUUCGUCCUCGCUGGCGUCAUCAGUUGGGGCGACGGAUGUGCUCAGAAGAAGCAGCCGGGAAUUUACACGAUGGUCGCGCCUUACCUUGCUUGGAUCCAGAACGUCAUACAUUCCUUUUGA